AGACAACUCAAUGAUCACUAGAUCGAGCUAAGAUCCAACGCCUUCUUCAGUAAAGAAAGACCCAACCCAACAAUGACCUUUGGGUAGGAACGAUAGAGGGACCACGCGUUAUUUGCACGUUUCAAGCUUAUAAAUUGACGGCAUUGUCAGUUGCUAACCAAUCAUGAACCUGGACUAGAGCGCUGCGCCAAUCACAAGCGACGCUUGCCGCAAUUGUCAAAGUUCUGGGUGUGAAAGCUGUGCAAUACAAAUGACGGCGGGGGGAGGUGUGCUCAAUGCGCUGGGGAAUAGAAAAAUAUCAAUAGACCCAGUUUACAUAAAAAUAGCGCCCAAUUGUAAACAAAACAUGGGCAAAGCUCAUUUGUUGGGCACAUAACAGCAAUGUGAAGUUUGCUCGUUAGCGCACAAGUCAAUGUAUUUUGCACCAUUCUGUAUACAUUUAUAAGCGCUUCAGUGGUUUGGUAUAAAUAUAUCAUCAAUACGCAACAUGUACAUGCAAAUUCUCGAUAAGCGACAUACAUUACAAGAACGCAUGCGAAGUAACCGUACUCUAAGUGUAGACAAGCAUAAUUUAUUCUAUUCGAGUGUGAUAGACAGUCGAGGUCGGGCCGAAAAUGCGGACGAAGUCUUUUGCUGCACGGACAAUUUAUCCAAUUACUGGGGAGUCAAAGGGCGGAGAACUUGAGAGAAAGGUGUCACUAGUUUAAUAUAGGACAAGAGGGAGCGCGCGAGAGCGAAUUUCGACCUCUAAGAAGGCUUGAGGGCUAGGCUGAGGCGAGCUAAAGCGGUGUUAGAAUGCAUCGGAAACGCGCCCGCAGACUGACAGAAGAACGGAGCGCGUCGUGUAUACCUUGGCCUAAGCCCUAACUGGAGCGUUAAGCAAACAUUAGGAUGUGACAACGUGCGAACAGUCUCUUGGGACUUAUUUGAAUCCGGUUUGACGAGUGAUGUCAAGCGAACGCUUUCUACGUCUCGCGUCCAAGACGUUAUUUUUAGAGUCCAAGGGACGCGAAAAAUACUAUGUUUAGGCUUCAGGUCCAUUGAGCACCGAGUCACGCCUGCUACCAUUCCAUUACUAUGAAUGCAGGCCAAAACAUGUCCUGUUGUGAUGUGCACGGUUUUAUAAUUGAUUUCUAACUGUAUUAUUAUGCAUAAGUUAAUGAGUUGCAAUAAAGUAUUACAAUCGGCCGAGAUUUUGACGUCGCAAUACUCAAAUUAAAAUAUCUCGAGGGAUAUAAGUGUGUUAGGGGAUAAUUCAUUGACUGAGUUAUUAAAACAUUGGAUUUGCGUAGGCGAAUAGAGUAGUUGAUUGGACAUUACUAUGGACAUUACGGUAUUCCGUUUUACGCGGGAAAUCUUGGCGGGAACGUUGGCAAAAUUACUCAAAUUCGACAAACAAAAAAGACAGAGCCCAAGAGAUGUCAAAAUGAGGAGGUCUAAGAUUCAACUCUCUCCUAGUGUACUCUGCAAAGCAGCAAACUCGAUCACGUUGCUCUGUUAUGUACUUCUUCUAGGGACCGGCGCAGUCUCUAUCCCAAAGCCAUCAGUGCUGUUCCCACUCAAUGAGCGGUAUGGCCACCAGGACAUCAGCGGUAAUAAUGUCCCCUCGGGUCCGAUCUCUAACAUCUAUCCUUAUCCCGGACCGUACGGCACACCAGGGGGGUCUAUGUACUUCAAGGGCGAGGCGUCCAGCUAUAUGGUGAUCCCUAAACAUGCCAAUAUCGACACACGAUAUUCCAUGACGAUGAUUUUAUGGGUGUACCCCCAAGGGACAAGAGGUCCUAUUUUAGAGUACACAAAUCCUGAUAACAUCAAUUGGGCAGUACACCUGUGGUUUUCUACAUCUACCACUUUAUUCAUUCGAUUUGCAAGAAGAGCGGACAACGUACUUUUCGACGCCAUUGGUAAAGAUGUCCCAAUUUCAAACUGGUAUUACGUGGCCAUUACUUACAGUUACAUGAGUGGUAUACAGAGCUUAUACAUUAAUGGGGCGAAAAUUGCUCAGCUAAACAUUGGGAUUGCGGAAAUGGCUACGAAUUAUGAGAUCACACUUGGAGCAAAUUCUCGUUCAACAGACUACUUUAAAGGGCGAAUCGCAUGUUUGCAAAUCUACAACUCUGAGCUGACGGGGACAGAAAUAGAACUUGUAAAACAUAUAUGCCGAAAUGAUGGUGACCCGUUACCCGUGGCGUUUUACCCGUUUAACGAGCUGUACGAGACUAAGGAGAUAAGCGGCAAAGGUGGACCCGCUGGAAUCGUAUCCAAUGUGCAGCUAUCUGCCGGACCGUAUGGAAGGCCUGGGCGAUCAUACUCAUUUGCUGGCUCGACAAGCAGCUUCGUGGAGAUUCCGCUGAGUUCUAGCCUAGAUACAAGGUACUCUUUCGCCAUUUCUCUGUGGGUGAGACACGAAGGCGUGGCGGGGCCCCUCUUUGAAUUCAUUAGACCGGACUCGGCGCCGUUUGCGGUUCACAUCUGGAUGACGGAAUCUACGACUAACCUGAUGUUACGAAUGAUGCAGAGGAAUACAUUUGCGUCGGCUGACGCCCUGAACGUUGUCUUGCAACCCAAUACUUGGUACCACGUGGUUUAUACAUAUGACUACUGGACAGGAAGACAGAGGUUUUAUCGCGACGGUGUGAUGGCAAUCGAAAGCUACAUAGGCAGUAUUGACAUAGCCACUAAUUUCAAGGUUCGUAUGGGUUAUAACGGAGGUGAUCCCCGCUGCUUCAAGGGACAAGUGUCUUGUAUUCAAGUGUUCCGCGAGGCGUUGGACGCUGCCCAGGUCAAUCGGCUUAGAUAUACCUGCAAUAACAUGGUCUUUCCUGAGCGGUACGGGGCAUGCGUCAAAACAGUCCCAUUAGACACAUCGACACGAGACCAAAACAACAUUGUCAGCGGUAUUCCAUCAGACGGCCGCGCGUUGAAUCACGUUGACUGGUACCGACCUUCUGGUGAUCACGCAAUGAUUCUCUCCCGCUGUCCUCCCGCGGGCUCAUGUGGAGCCCAGUCCCCUGGCUGGAUGAAUGAGUCGCAUCCUCGACACGAGGACGGUAUUGUGUCUCGUCGGCUCUGUUACCGAGUCGGGGGGGACUGUUGUGCUCGGAGAGCUAUAGUUUACGUGCGCCAGUGCAAUGGGUAUUACGUGUACAAGUUCGAAGGUCUCCCCCCUGAGUAUCUGGACGCUAAACUUUGUUUUGAAGGCCAUCAUCUGCACACCCGAGACAUUCUGUUCAGCCAAACGACAGGUCAGUACUUUUUACAGCACGUGCACUACACAGAGACUCGCGUGUCGUCUGUCGCAUCCUGCCUCUCGUAUUGUCUAGCCGCCGGGACCCAAUGCAGAUCAUUCAACUACAAAUCUACUGACCAAGGCACGUGCCAGCUGAACAAUGCUACAAUCGCCGAGUACAGCAACUUCGCAGUCUCUGAAACGGGAUGGGAUUAUUAUGAACCGACGUCGGUAAUCACUGUCCAGUGAAAUCCCUUAAAAAUGCAAGCUAAAUUCGUCAAUUUGCUUGCAUGGAGCCAUGAAGGAUAGACGAAUGGAGUACUUAAUCUUUGCAUGCGCGCAAUCAUUAUCUGGUCAUGCCGGUCACCAGGCGCUAAAGUUUCCUUGCGCACAAAAUAAGCGAAUCGAAUAGAUCACGUGACUUUUGGGGCGGCAAAAUAAAAUAACAACAAAAAGCAACAUAUUCAGAACUCGUUUUCAUUCAAAGAUUUUAUAUUUUCGUCGUUCUCUAUCGUGACGGCCGAAUUCAUUUUUGAGUUUAUUUUGGCUUGCCGCUCAAAAAGUCGCGUUAUAGUAUAGGGCCGGUUUCCUAGAAAGCAGGUUAACGCUAACCCAGAGAUAAAUAAGGUUGUUAUCCAAUCAAAUGUCUCGAUAACCAUAUUUAUCCGUGAAUAAGCGCUAAACUGCUUUCUAGGAACCGGGCCCAGGUCGCCAAUCCUUUCGGCAAACACUUCGUGAGGGAGAGAACAAAGGACUCAUAAACAACAAAUCGAGUUUAGUCUGAAAUGGUUUGGUGAUCUAGUCUUCUUUGUCACUAAAA